AUGAAACUAUUGAAGGAUGUGAAGAAGAAGUUGGGCGCAGCUGUCACUGCGAAAGCGCGGGCCAAACGCGGGUGCAGGACGAUCUGGGAUUACGACACCAUCGACCAGAUGCAUAGCGAGGCAUGGUGGGGAGAGGCGCAUGACAACGCCGAAGGCCCAUGCAUGGAGGACAUGGGUGCCGACGAGCCCGAGUUCGUGCGAGGGUCUUCCAGCAAGAUCAGGAAGACUACCACCGUUGAGCCC